AUGGCUUCUGGGAUGCAACCCUGCAGCGGAAGGAGGACGGGUUUGCUGAGGUUUCCUGUUCCUUCUUUGAGGCUGGCCACACGAGAGAGGAGGCCAGCAGAGGCGAAGGAGGCAUGCAGGAGCAGCAGCAGCAGGUAUGGCCGCAGAGCAAGCGGGGUCUCGGCCAUGGAGGGGUCCCUGGUGGGGCGGGAGAAGCCAGCUCUCCCUCAAAGCGGUGCUACGAUCCCUCUAGACAGGGGCAGAGAAUCCUUGCACUGCACAGCUCCGGUGGUCUGCAGUGGGACAGCUGGAUUCGAGAUCAUGAAUGGGGUGGCCAGGUCUGCCCGGCCCCCCCGCAGGGCAUCAGAGCAGAGGAAUAGCUGCAGCCUGGGAAGGAGAGGGACGAGCUGUAAUUCCAAGGGGUCCCCAGGGGCCACCUGGGAAUUGGCAUCCCUGGAGACCAACAAAUAUUCCAGGGCCCCGUCCAGGAAAUGCAAAGAGGAAGCCACGGCCAGGCUAUGCAGGAGGAUGGUUGGGGGGCCAGGAGUUCCCACGCAGAGGGCUCUUGGGGGUUCGCUGACAAUGCUGGCUUUGCAGGGAAGAAGUGCAGCAGGGCCCGAGGGCCAGUCCCCCCCCGCCACGGGCUUCAGGCUGCAGCUGGGCUGCCCGGAGGGCCACAGCGCUCUGCUCCAGCUGCAAGAGGCCGAGCUCCGCCAGCUGGACGCCCUGAAGAAGUGGAUGGGCCAGCGUGCCAAGAGCGACCGGGAGUAUGCCGCCCAGCUGCACCAGAUGUACUGCUUGGCCGAGAAGCAGGAGAGUGGCCGGCAGCCUGGCCCCAGCCACGUCAGCCAGAGCUGGUGGUCGCUGGUGACGCAGACGGAGGCCCUGAGCCAGCUCCUGCAGCAGCACGCGGAGGCCCUGGCCACGGGGCCUCUCCACAGGCUGGCUCUUCUCACCCGCGACAGGCAGCACCUGCGCCGGAUUUACAGCGAGCAGUGGCAGCAGCUCAGCCAGGAGUUCACCCGGGCCACUCAGCAAGAGCCGGAGCGCCUGAAGGCCCAGUAUUUGGCCCACAUCCGGGAGAGCCUGCAGGCCAAGCGCAAGUUCCAGGAAGCCAGCAAAGAGAAGGAGCGCGAGAAGGCCAAAGACCGGUACGUGCGCAGCCUGUGGAAGCUCUACUCACUGCACAACCAGUACGUGCUGGCUCUCCGGGCGGCGGAGGUCCACCACGCCCACCACUUCCAGCAGAUGCUGCCUGGGCUGCUCCAGUCUCUCUUCAGCCUGCAGCAGGAGAUGGCUCACAUCACCAAGGAGACGCUGCAGGAGUACGCCACCAUCACAAGCCUGGUGCAAGAGGAAAUGGUCUCUGUGCACCAAGCCAUGGGCAGGGCCCUCGAGCGCCUCCAGCCAGCCAUGGAAUACAGCGGAUUCACCCCCCAGUGCAGCUGCGAGGGGGAGCCCCCACCGGUGGUGGCCUUUGACAGAAGCCUCCUGGAGGACCUGGAGACGGAGGGCCUGCAGGCUGGGGAGCUCCAGCUGAACGAGCUGACCCUGGAGAGCGUGCAGCACACCCUCACCUCAGUGGAAGAGGAGCUGGCCACAGCCGUCAGAAGCGCUCAGGACCUCCAGCAGCAUGCCCAGACCCUGGGGAGUGAAGUCCAGAACAGCGAGUGUGUUGGAGGCUCUGCCGAGCGCCUCCUCCUCCUGGGGCAGCGCCAGGCCUUCCACGAAGCCCUGCACCAAGCCCAGCUGGCCCAGUGCGCUCAGGCCAAGCUCCAGGCCCAGAAGCAGGUGCUGCAGCACAAGCUGGACGAGCUGGGCUCCAGGGACCCCCCUCCUGCCCCGGCCCUGCAAGAGGACAGUCCGGCCCUGGACCCUGCGGAGCAGGAACGUUGCGGGAGCCGAAGGCCGGCUUUGGAGGCUCUGAAGCACCACAUCUCCGGCAUCUUCCGGCCACGCUUCUCACUGCCACCCUUAACGCCCACCCUGCCAGAAGUACAAAAGCCCCUCAGCCAGCAAGCCUGGUACCACGGCGCCGCCCCCCGCGUGGAGAUGCAGCGGCUGCUGCAGGCUGAUGGAGACUUCCUGGUGCGGGAAAGCCAAGGCAAGCAGGAGUCCGUCCUGUCGGUGCUGUGGGACGGCCAGCCCCGGCACUUCAUCGUCCAGGCGAUGGAGAACCAGUAUCGGCUGGAGGGCGAAGCGUUCCCCACAAUCCCCCUGUUGGUUGACCACUUCCUGAAGUCUAAGCAGCCCGUCACAAAGAAGAGCGGCGUCCUCUUGGUCAAGCCCAUUGCCAGGGACAAAUGGGUGCUGGACCAUGAGGAGGUGCUGCUUGGGGAGCGCAUAGGGCAGGGCCACUUUGGGGAGGUGUUCAGUGGGCGCCUGCUUUGUGACAACAGGCCGGUGGCUGUGAAGACCUGUCGCGAGACUCUCCCGCCAGAGCUGAAGGCCAAAUUCCUGCAGGAGGCCAGGAUCCUGAAGCAGUACGAUCACCCCAACAUUGUCCGACUGAUUGGCGUCUGCACCCAGAAGCACCCCAUUUACAUUGUCAUGGAGCUGGUUCAGGGAGGGGACUUCCUCAGCUUCCUGCGGAAUGAGGGGCCCCAGCUGAAAGUGCGGGAGCUGCUCCAGAUGAUGCAGAAUGCUGCGUUGGGGAUGAAGUAUCUGGCCAGCAAGGGCUGCAUCCACCGGGACCUGGCAGCACGGAACUGUCUGGUGACCGAGAACAACACCCUCAAGAUCAGUGACUUUGGGAUGUCCCGACAAGAGAAGGACGGCAUUUACUCCUCCACGGGUGGCAUGAAGCAGAUCCCUGUGAAGUGGACGGCGCCUGAAGCCCUUAGUUACGGCCGGUACUCCUCAGAAAGCGACGUGUGGAGCUUCGGGAUCCUGCUUUGGGAAGCCUUCAGCCUGGGCGCGACUCCUUACCCCAAUAUGAGCAACCAACAGGCCCGCGAGGGGGUGGAGAAGGGAAUGCGGAUGAGUGCCCCCAAUCAGUGCCCGGAGGAGGUCUACCAGCUGAUGCGGAGGUGCUGGGAAUACUACCCCCAGGACCGGCCAACAUUUAGCACCCUCUUCCAGGAACUGGUGGCCCUUCAGAAGAGGCUGCCCUGAGGGCGUUUGCCCCAACCCCCUCUUGGGCACCCUUUCCACAUACUCUGGCCACCAUCUUCCUUUACUUGGCUUUUCGCCCCGUUGGCCACGAAGACGGGUUUCCACACGUGCCGCUUGUUCCCAAGAAGGGAAGCCUUCCUCUCCGACUCGGGGGACGGGUUUCUCGGAAGAUCCUGGACCGUCCCUUUUCUAAACAGACCAGAUAUGGACGUCAUUUUGUUGGCUUUAUUUUAUUAGAGCUGGAAGGGACCACUUGGGUCAUCUAGACCAACCCCACUGCCAAUGCAGGAGCUACAGUGUCCUUGACAAUUUUAAAAGACUUUCAGAAACCUGCACACACAAGACCCACAACUGUGCGAACGAGGCCUGUGUGACCGAGGUGGUGUCAGACUCCCAAUAAACGCUCUGGUUGGUCAAA